AUGCCGCGAGAAGAGCCUCUUCUGGCUCCACGCCAAUCAUCAGAACAGUCAUCCAUUCGAAAUGCUGAGGAGGAAGACGCCUUGUUGACUGGCGAGCGGACUCACCGCGGUGGAAGUCGUCGUGGAUGGGGCUUCUGGAGAGAGGUCGGCCUCUUUUCCUGGGCUCUAAUAGCCACCGUUGCUGUUAUUAUCCUUGCAAUCGUCUAUCAGCGAGAGUCAAGCUGGAUACAGAGUCACAAGAAAGAAACAUGGGGUCCAGGAGGAAAACCAACCGGCAAACGCAACCUUAUCUUCAUGGUCUCGGACGGGAUGGGCCCAACUAGUCUUACCAUGACUCGAAGCUUCAAACAGCUUACGCAAGGGCUUCCAGCUGACGAGGUCCUCGUGUUGGACAGGCACAUUCUUGGUACUUCACGGACAAGGUCCAGCUCGAGUCUGGUCACCGACUCAGCAGCCGGAGCGACGGCAUUCUCGUGCGGGUUCAAAAGUUACAACGGCGCCAUCUCUGUGCUUCCCGACCACUCACCUUGUGGAACAGUACUUGAGGCCGCAUCUUUGGCUGGUUACAAGACUGGGUUGGUGGUGACUACCCGCAUCACCGACGCUACACCAGCUUGCUUCGCGUCGCACGCAAACCUUCGACAGUAUGAAGACCAGAUAGCAGAGCAAGAAAUUGGUGAACACCCACUGGGCCGUGUGGUAGACCUCAUAAUGGGUGGUGGACGGUGCCAUUUUCUGCCCAAUACAACGGACGGUAGCUGCCGCGGAGAUGAUCGUGAUCUGGUGGCAGUCGCCAAGGAGAAGGGGUUCUCUUACAUUGACGACCGGAAAGGUUUUGACAGCCUCAAUGGUGGGACGGAAGCAAAGCUACCGCUGCUGGGACUCUUUGCUGAGAAGGACAUCCCUUACGAACUCGAUCGCCGCACUCAGAAUGAUGUGUAUCCCUCUUUGGAGGAGAUGGCUCGGACCGCGUUGAAGAUCCUUAGCCAUGCUACAGAGGACAGCGAUCAAGGAUUUUUCCUCAUGAUUGAGGGGUCCCGCAUCGACCACGCAGGCCAUGGUAACGACCCAGCCGCGCAAGUCAACGAAGUGCUCGCCUACGAUAAGGCCUUUGCUGCGGUCCUCGAGUUCCUCAACGACGAUUCCACCCCAGGGGUCCUGGUUGCAACAUCCGACCACGAAACUGGAGGACUCGCUGUAGCUCGACAACUACAUGACACUUACCCCGAAUACCUCUGGCUCCCUGGCGUUCUGGCCAACGUCAGUCACUCCUCGGAAUAUGCCGCUCAAAAGCUUCAAGACUACCGCCGCCAGAAGACCGACAAGCCCUCUCAGGAGGCCUACACGCGGGACCUCCUCAAGAAAUCUUUAGGCAUCGAAGACGCCUCACAGCAAGAAAUAGACGCCCUACUUGAUCCCAACAACCCAAUCAUCCCUAGCUAUGUCUUCGCCGACAUGGUUAGUCGCCGAGCCCAAAUCGGCUGGUCCACACACGGUCAUUCUGGUGUCGACGUAAAUAUCUACGCUUCCUCGUCAAGAGACGCCUGGCCGCUACAAGGUAACCACGAAAAUACCGAAAUCGGCGCCUUCCUAGCCGACUACCUCGACCUCGACGUUAGCGCCGUCACAAAACGCCUCCAGAACUCUGAGUUCUGGACCGCCGCUGAAAGCAUAAGCGUAAGCGAGAGCUUCAACUGGCUGGGCAACCCGCUCGGCGACGACGUCCGCACCGACGGACUCGAUACGUAUCAUGGGGACUUUAAGCGGAAGCGCGGAUUCAGCGGUGACGCUGAUGAGUGCGGGUGUGGUGGUGUUCAUUAGUCUGCAUUCGGGUUUUGAUAGACCUAAAGACAAGUCGGUAUUGAGUUGUUAUUGUUUUGAUUUCUCUUUUUUCUGGGGUUUUGAUUAGGUUAUAAUGUAUGGUGUUAUUUAUGCAAUCGUUAGUGCUUCUUACGGGUAUUAAAGGACAGGUUACGAUUUGCGAUUGAUUGUUUGGGUUUCAGCUCCGAGAUAUACUGCGUAUUACAGUCAGUCAUAGUCUUAGCUAUUCAGGGCGAUGACUUAUGU